AUGAAUAUUGGAUGCUAUCUAUUGAUAGCAUCUUUCUUUCAUAUAACCUCAGCUCUAUCGACUAUAAAAAUAAAAUAUGAGGACACUUCCGCAGCUCAGGAUCGAGUGGUGAAUUGCGCAGUGAAAAUAGCCAAUGAAAAUUUCGAUUAUAGACUACACACAGCCAUUCUAUACAAAGAUGUGGAUGAAAGAUUCGUUAACAAUUUUUUGAAGAACUACCAAGGAUCGGUGAUUGUUGAUUCUAAGAGAGAUGCUGCACCGCCAAAACAAGUAGUCAUAAUAGUUGAAUCAUUUCAUUCAUUUGCAAAAAUUACAUCGAGACUUAAACCUGACCUCCGUGGGAAAACAGUCAUGAGCGGUGGCGCUAAUUUUAUAAUAAUAGUAUUUUCAAGUCCUAAAAGGAUAGAGCGCAUCACAAGUUUCCUCUGGAGCUACUAUGUCAUCAAUGUUGUUGUAAUUGCGACUGACAAGAAAAACAGAACGGCGUUGUAUAGCUACUUCCCAUUCAAAAAUCACUUACAUUGCCAGAACACUCUACCCACUUUAAUAAGCUACUGCGACGAUAAAUCUCUACGUAAUGACAUCUACCCCGAUAAAAUGCUAAACAUGCGAGGAUGUCCGCUCUAUGUUUCGACUAAUAAAUUAUAUCAUCCGAAUACGGAACAAAAGAUCCCAUUACAGAUAAUAAAGAAGGCCAUAGUGAGGUUACUAAGGGACAUAAUGAAUUUUACGCCAAUAAUCUCCACGAGGGAUUACGUCAGCAUCGACUCGGACAGGGCUAAGAACUGGUCAGUGUCACUCAACGACUUGAUCACUGGCGUAGCAAAUAUUUCUCUGAGCACGAUCCCGCUUGGCGUUGACCGAAUGGGGUUUCUGGAUUACUCAAUACCGUACUUCAGAGUACGCUUGGCUUGGUUGGCUCCACCCGUGCGCCCUGGGCCAGUUUGGUGGCGACUGCUGUUCCCACUCAACGGAUAUUUAUGGGCAUUCCUUAUGUCCGUGUCAUUCUUUGUGAAGUCUGUUCCGUUUAUUUGGGAAUUAAAACCAGUGAAAAGGUUUUGUCGUCGAUACUUCCGGAACUUUGACAAAUUGCACGGAGUUGUAUUUCGGUCGUGGGGUAUAUUUAUGGGACAACCAAUUCGUAUGGCUCCAAAGAAGUUUAGAGAUUUCUACAUCAUCGCUUUAUGGUUGUGGUUCACUUUUGUAAUUAGGAGUGCGUAUCAGAGCGUGCUAAUAGUCGCACUGAAAACUGACGCGAUGAUGGGGAACUUUGUGAACCUGAAAGAAGCUGUGGAUAGAGGCUACCGAUUUGGUGGGAGGGGUGGUAUUCUCACUCAUUUUGAGCGCGACGAGAUGAUUAGGGAUGGGUUUGAAAUAAUACCAGAAGAGAGAUUCGAUGAUGUGUUCACUGAAGUGGUUGAAGGUAGAUCUGAGUUCGUGUUGGCUACGUCUUUGGAAUACGCUUGGGCGUAUUGUAUGUCUCAAGGGAAGAAGGAAGAUUCUUGUGGCCAUAUUCUUCCGGAUUCUAUCAUGACUGUUCCGUUGGUGGUUUGGAUGAAGAGUCAGUCUCCAUUCGUGCGGCCACUGUCUGCCUGGUUACCUCGUUUGAUCGAAGCGGGCCUACUGGAACGUGAAGUAGUUUUGAAGCCUACUUUCUCGGUGGUUACAUCCUCUGAUCCCUCGGCCCUUACUCAAGAACAAACGGCAAGUUGCCUUUUGUGUCUAGCUUUAGGUACUUUAAUAUCUGGAGUUGUUUUUGUGUUGGAACUAAUGAGAUACAAAUUCAUUGAACAACGUAACGCGAAAUGCCCUUCGUUUAUAAAAUAG